AUGCACGCAAGCGUUUGGGUUUUAGUUCUUGAAAAAUCAACCACGACAACCACAGCGCCAAUUACGUCAACAGCUCAAGUAACGCCAACAACAACCGGUUGUCCGGGUUGCUUUGGCGAAACUGUUGCUACUGGGUUAAAUUCACCUGCCUUCGUAACUAUAGAUAGCAGUGGAAAUCUUUUCGUUUCUGAUUCAGGAGCUAGUCACAUUACGAAAUUUACAUCUGGUUCAACAACGGGAACGGUUGUUUAUGAUGGUAGUGGUGGUUAUGUCUCUCCUCAAGGUGUUUAUAUUGUUAGUGAUGGAACGUUGUAUUUUGCUGAUAGUAGUAAUUCUGUUGUAUUCAAAUUAAUUAAUGCAACAGGAAAUGGAACAAUUGUUGCCGGUGAAUCAGAUGUACCUGGUGGCCCACCAUCUCAGUUUAACUAUCCCUACGGUGUAUAUGCUGAUAGUGGCGCAUUUUAUGUUGGGGAUGCUGUAAAUAAUGUAGUUUCAAAAUUUUUCUCUAAUUCAACCAGCGGAAUUAAUGGAACUGUUGUUGCAGGCCCAGGUUUACUUAGUGUACCAGCUGGUAUCUAUGUUGUUAGUAGUUCAGGAAAUCUCUAUGUAGCUGAUAAUAGUAAUCAACGUGUGGUACGAUGGUCACCGGGUGCAGAUCCCAGUACCGGUGGUGUAGUUAUGGCUUCUAAUACUCUGAGUUCUGUACUUGGUGUUAUAGUUACUGCAAACGAACAAACACUGUUUGUAACUGAUGACAAUAACUAUGUUAAAAAGUUUACCGUUGGUGUUGACACUGCUACGAUAUUCGCUGGAAAUGGAACAGCAGGUUCUGGCCCUUACCAGUUAAAUGGUCCAAUAGGUUUAGCUUUGGAUUCAACUGAGCAAUAUUUAUACGUAGUCGAUUCGGGCAAUAACCGAGUUCAAAGAUUUUAUAUUCCAAGUUGUUAA